AACUGCGUUGUUUAAUACUUCGUCCGAUGCGAAAUUGUAUCUCAAAAUAAUCUUCAACUUUCCCGGAAAUUGGAUCUGGGAAGAAAAGGAUGAAUCUUUAUGUUGCUAAAGACAGAAGAGGGAUUCUCUCUGUGCUCUUCUUCGUCGUUUUGCUCUGCAACAACGUUUCGACUUCGUCUUCUUCAUCUGAAGUGAUCACAAUUAAGCCAAGACAUUUAUCUUUGCUAAAGAGUGCUUUGCAACGGUCAAGUGGAGAACAGUCUGAUCUAUGGAGGCCAUUGACUGAUCAAGGAUGGAGUCCUUGUAUUGAUUUGGGAAAUUCCCCUUCAUUACCGGAUAAAACUGCGGGAUAUGUUCAGGUAUUUCUUGAUGGGGGACUUAACCAGCAACGAAUGGGGAUAUGUGAUGCAGUUGCGGUUGCCAAGAUAUUAAACGCCACACUCGUGAUCCCGUAUCUUGAAGUGAAUCCUGUGUGGCAAGAUUCAAGUUCUUUUGUUGAUAUCUUCGAUGUUGAUCAUUUUAUUGAUGCGUUAAAAGAUGACAUAAGGGUAGUUAGAGAACUACCUGAUGAAUACUCUUGGAGUACAAGAGAGUAUUACGGUACAGCAGUCCGAGAAACCCGUGUGAAAACCGCACCUGUCCAUGCCUCUGCGAAUUGGUAUAUUGAGAACGUCUCACCAGUUCUACAAAGUUAUGGGAUUGCUGCUAUUUCUCCAUUCUCUCACCGUCUAUCGUUCGAUCACUUACCUGCUGAGAUUCAACGGCUAAGGUGCAAAGUGAAUUUCCAAGCUUUACGCUUUGUCCCUCACAUUACAUCACUCGGUGAUGCUCUUGUAAGCCGCCUUAGAAACCCAUCAUGGAGAAACAAUAAGGAACUGAAAAAUGUGGAUCAUUUAGGAGACAUGACCAACCCACACAAAAGACAAGAACCCGGGAAGUUUGCCGUACUUCAUCUUCGCUUCGACAAGGACAUGGCAGCGCAUUCGGCGUGUGAUUUCGGUGGAGGCAAAGCCGAGAAACUUGCUUUGGCGAAAUACAGACAAAUGAUUUGGCAAGGAAGAGUUUUGAAUUCUCAAUUCACAGAUGAAGAGUUAAGAAGUCAAGGACGGUGUCCUCUAACACCAGAAGAAAUGGGACUUCUUUUAGCUGCUUUCGGAUUCGACAACAAUACUCGUCUCUACCUCGCAUCCCACAAGGUAUAUGGAGGAGAAGCUAGAAUCUCAACAUUAAGACAAGUAUUCCCAAGAAUGGAAGACAAAAGAAGUCUUGCAUCUUCUGAAGAACGAGCUCGAAUCAAAGGCAAAGCUUCUUUAUUAGCCGCACUUGAUUACUACGUUAGUAUGCACAGUGACAUUUUCAUCUCUGCAUCACCUGGAAACAUGCACAACGCUCUUGUUGGUCAUCGAACAUUCGAGAAUCUUAAGACGAUCAGACCAAACAUGGCGUUAAUAGGACAGCUGUUCCUCAACAAAAGCAUCACUUGGGUAGAUUUUCAACAAGCGCUUGGUGAAGGACAUGUGAAUAGACAAGGACAGAUCCGGUUAAGGAAACCUAAACAGUCGAUAUAUACUUAUCCUGCUCCUGAUUGUAUGUGUCAUGUUUGAUUAGUUUAAAAGUCUUGAUCUUUAGAUAUUUCUUAUAAGAAUAAAAUAAAAACUCUGAUUCUUGAUGAGGCUAGUUUGGUGUUUGCCUUUGUGUUCUUGAGGCUUAAUAAAAAGAGUAUAGUUUG